AUGGAAUGUGUAGAGACAACUCACAAGAUAAAUGGGAUGGACAUCUAUUCCCAAGCUUAUUUCGUUGAAAAUAGUGUUUGCAAUCUAUUGGUGUUGCAUGAUUUCGGAAGUUCUGGCGCUGUGUACGACUCGGUUGGGAAGUACUUUUCACAACAGGGCAUGAACGUUUAUUUUUUAGAUUUACCGGGGUGUGGUAAGUCUGGGGGUGUUCGUGGGGUGGUGUGCAAAACAGAGAUAUUAGAUGUAGUCCAUGCUUAUAUCAAAAUUAUUAAAAAGACCGACAUGUUAACAGAGGAACAACUUCCUCUAUUUGUUGUCGGACAUGGUCUUAGUGGAUUAGUGUCAUGCGAUCUUUGUCGAUAUGACCAUUUUAUUAAUAUCGUCGAUGGAGUAGUCUCGAUCAACCCAAUUUUUAAAUUUAAUAUACACUAUGAAAUUAUAGUAUUUGUACUAUUAACAGUACUAUUCUUUUUUAUUAGAACUUACUCUUUCACAAAGCUGAAAGUGACAUUCGAAGAGACCGAAAAAUGUUCGACUUGUGACAAAGUUAUAAGCAAUACACUUGAUUUAAAGAACUAUUAUAACAUAGUGAAGUGGGGCAGAGAAGAACUCAAUUGGAAUUGGAGUGACAAAUUACCUCUAUUACUAAUACAAAGUGAAAGCGACUCUAUAUCAUCACCAGAAGCCACUGUUCAGAAAUCAAAGUGUCUACUCAACAUAUCUAGCUCGUUUAUGUCUGUGAAAGGGGGUACUCACUACUUUGUAUUCACAAAGAAUGAAGAAAUAAUAGCUCGACGAAUUGUGGAAUGGGUGAAGACCAUUCUCAAGAAGAAACAAUAA